GAGGAGCGAACGCAUGACGGUGACGGAGUGUUCUCGAGUCCCUGAUCGUUUUAUUAUACUUGUGCCCAACGCAAAGUUGUGACGCUAAAGAUAAUUUUUAUUUGAUAAUUGUGUGAUACGCGAAAAAAGUAAAUAUUCGCGCUUCUGUUUAAUGUCGAAUACAUCACUUGUCAAGGUGGGCUUGAUGCUAUCCGCAUUUGAGGAAUAUGGAAGUAAUUCUCAUGCAGCAAAGUGUGGAAAAGUGUGGUGGCGAAAUAAAAAGUAUAAUAUUGAAGAGUGACUGAGUAAUAAAAAAAAAUGUGGUGCUAAAUGUUUUAAAACUAGCCCGAUUGGCGCAUUGUUGGGAAACGUGGUGUAUACAUUUUUUUCCCCUAAUGUGUUUGUGUGCAAAUUAGAAUAACAAUAAAAUAAAGAGAAAAAAAACGCGCCACACUGACACUUCCCGCAAAGAGAAAGAAAAAGCAUCAGAGUGUGUAUGAAGUGCAAAAAGAAUAUUUUGAUUUAUAGCUUGAAAAUAAAAUAUUCCAUCUGUAAUUUUCCUCGUCUUGUUUGUGCCAAACGUUUACAUGGGCACAUAAAAUGUUUUAGAGAACAAUUUAAAUUUUUGAUGUCGUUAAAGUUGUUGAAGCUCGAGGCGGAGAGAAAAAUUAAUAUCUCUUAGCACAGUUUAAGUGGUCUUGUGGCUCAGGACGCAAAUAAACUGUGUGAAAAUGUGCAAUUUUUAACAUAUAAGAUUUUGUGAAUGAGCCCCAAAAGUGAAUUCCGUGGAAAAGGCAUAUAUUUUCGUUCUUGUGCGCAAACAAUCAAGGAUUAAGUGAGUGGAGCGACAGCGAGACUCACGUUGUAAAGACACUACAGGGGAAUUGGAUUAACCUUCUUUUCUGAAACAUAGUGUCGUUGGAACCGCCACCAUAACGUCUCCGUGGACACCAGUUAGUGCCGGUCCAUUGGGACCGGCCGACACAAAUGGCGCAGGCUCAGACUCGAAGCACUUGGAUGUUGGGGACAUGAGCGAUGACGAGAAGGACUUGUCAUCGGCCGAUGCGGAGGGUGUUUGGAGUCCGGACAUUGAACAGAGCUUCCAAGAAGCUCUGGCUAUUUAUCCACCGUGUGGAAGGCGAAAAAUCAUCCUGUCCGAUGAGGGAAAGAUGUACGGUCGCAAUGAACUGAUAGCCCGCUAUAUAAAAUUACGGACAGGAAAAACAAGAACACGGAAGCAAGUUAGUUCACACAUCCAAGUUUUGGCGCGAAGACGACUGCGUGAAGUUCAGGCAAAACUGAAAGUGCAAUUCUGGCAACCGGGUUUGCAGGCUGGAACCUCACAAGAUGUCAAGCCCUUCGCUCAGCCACCCUAUCCGACUGGAAAGCCAUCUGCAACAGCCGUGUCUGCUGCCGUUGAGAGUGGACUCCAGACCGCGCUGCCGCCCCCGUGGGAGGGCAGAGCGAUUGCCACCCAGAAAUUUCGAAUGUUGGAAUUUUCAGCGUACAUGGAACUUCAUCGCGACGAGACAUAUCACAAACAUCUCUUUGUUCAUAUAAGUGGACAACCAACAUAUUCGGAUCCGCUUCUAGAGUCGGUGGAUAUUAAACAAAUCUACGAUAAGUUCCCUGAAAAGAAGGGAGGCCUUAAGGAAUUGUACGAAAAGGGUCCACAAAAUGCAUUCUUCCUAGUUAAGUUUUGGGCAGAUCUCAAUACAAAUGUUCAAGAUGAAACGGGUGCCUUCUACGGUGUUACCAGCCAAUAUGAAAGUAAUGAAAAUAUGGUGAUCACCUGUUCAACAAAGGUGUGCUCAUUUGGCAAGCAAGUGGUGGAAAAGGUGGAAACGGAAUACUCACGGCUGGAAAAUGGACGUUUCGUGUAUCGCAUCCAUAGGUCACCAAUGUGUGAAUAUAUGAUCAAUUUCAUCCACAAGCUGAAACAUUUGCCCGAGAAGUACAUGAUGAACAGUGUUCUCGAGAAUUUUACUAUACUACAGGUGGUGUCAAACAAAGAGACGCAAGAAACACUUUUAUGUACUGCGUACGUAUUUGAGGUGUCAUCGAGCAAUCACGGAGCCCAGCAUCAUAUCUAUCGUCUAAUGAAGGAAUAGCCAAUCGACAGCAGGACUGGAGAUCACGAUGGUGAAGAUGGCGAUAUGGUUAAGGUGGAGAAUGAUAUUUAAUAUCAGCAAUAGCCAGUCUACUCUUGUGUUUUUCCCACCAUUUAUCAGACACACACGGUUUUCGAACACUCAUUUUACAGUGCUUUUAAAUUGCCAACACAGUCUUCCGCUGGGAAGAUCAUGAAUAAAUAAGGAGAGUCGUCAAAAUUCUUGAGUAGAUUUUUCUCGCUUUGUUUCAAUCAAAAUGAUAUCAAAUGAUUUUUUUUUAAACAAACAAAGAAGUCGGACAUGCAAUGCUGGAUGAGCUGAAUAUGAAGAGAGCAAAGAAAAAUCAUUGCAACAAACAACACAAAAAACUGCAACAAUAAUAAAAAUGCUAUUAAUAACAAUAAUACAUAAUAGAUAUAUGUAUAUUAUAUGGAAAAGAAAUACAAUAUGAAAUUAAUUUAUUAAUUAUUGUAAUUAGAGCGAGAAGCCAUUGCAAGUGAAUGAAAGUUGAGAAAUAUAAAAAAAAAAUUUACAACAAAGUACGAGAGACGCUAAACAUUUCACAGCAGAAUUGAUGAAACACCGCGUAGUUCAGUUGGCAUUAAAUGUGCAAAAGAAGGAGAGGAAGCAAGGAAAUAAAGCGAUUAAAA